AUGACUGUCACACCCAGCACAACAGCAGGCCCAAAACCGGGUGCUGCGACGAACGGUGAUGCCGUUCCGCCCUCUGCGCCCCUGAGUCAGGCUCAGAUGGCCAUCAUCAAAGCCACUGUUCCCGUCCUCCAGGCUCACGGUGAGACGAUCACGAAAGUCAUGUACGACAACAUGAUCGGUGCUCACCCCGAACUACACAAUGUGUUUAGCACCACCUCUCAAGUCACAGGGCGCCAGCCUCGGGCUCUGGCACGCUCCGUCCUCGCCUAUGCGUCGUACAUCGACGACCUGCCCAAGCUGGCACACGCCGUUGAGCGGAUAGCACAAAAGCAUGUCAGCUUGUUUAUCCAGCCGGAGCAGUACGACAUUGUGGCAGUUCACCUUAUCGGCGCCAUCGGUCAGGUUCUCGGUGACGCGGCGACGCCCGAGAUCGUGGACGCCUGGACCGCGGCGUAUGGCGUGUUAGCGUCGGUCUUUAUCAACAGGGAGAAGGAGCUGUACAAGGCCGACGAGAACUGGACAGGGUGGCGCAAGUUCCGCAUCUCGAGGAAGGAAAAGGAGGCAGACGAUGUCGAGAGCUUCUACCUGGAGCCCGUGGACGGCGUGGCGCUGCCGAAGUUCCUGCCGGGCCAGUACAUCAGCCUCCAGGUGUUCGUGAAGCACCUGAACUACAACCAGAGCCGGCAGUACAGCUUGAGUCAGGCGCCCGAAGACGCAGGGCGGUCCUACAGGAUCAGCGUCAAGAAGGAACGGGAUGACGAGGCCAACGUGGACGGCCUGAUCUCGAACAUGCUGCACGACAGCUACAAGGAGGGCGACGUGGUCGAGCUGACGCACCCACAUGGCGAAUUCUUCCUGGACCCAUCGGAUGUCUCAAAGGAGGGCGCCCCGGCAGUCUUCAUCUCUGCCGGCAUAGGCGCCACGCCACUCAUGUCCAUGCUUCAGGCCCUGGCCCAGCCCUCGGCAGUCAAGAGGCCGACCUCGUGGAUCCACACCUCUCGAUCAAAGGCUACACAGCCGUUUGCAGAUGAGGUGGUGGCGACCGUCGAAGGAGCCAUCAAGGAUAGGGCCUCGACGCACGUUCAUCUGAGACAGGGGCAUGAAGGGCAAGAGAAGUCACGGUUGGACAUAGCAGCUCUUGAUCGGGACAGACAGCUGUUUGUGAAGGAUCCAAGGGCGGAGUAUUUCGUGUGCGGUCCUGAAAACUUCAUGCUGGAUGUAAGACGGACUCUGGUGGGUUUGGGCGUCGAUAAGAGCAGGGUCUUUUUGGAAUUGUUUGCCACUGGCGAUGUGGAGGACGACGAGUAG